AUGAUUCAAGAAAGAAUUACUUUACAAUAUUUACAAUAUUUAGAAAAAAAAGGCGAGAAAAAAAAAGACGUUAUUGCAUAUUUGUUUUAUUUCUCUUUACUUUUAUUAAAAAAAAAAAACAAAAAUAUAACCUCCGUACAGGAUUAUCAAAAUCAUUAUACAGCGAAAACAUCAUCCACAACAAAUGUAAAUCAAUGGGCCUGUUUAAUUCAAUUUAUUGAACGUGUUAUUGUGAUUUGUGAUCAAAUAAAUCAGAAAACAAAAUCUUCCUCUUCCUCCUCGUCCUCUUCAUCAUCAUCUUGCAGCAGACAAAUUUAUGUUCAAGCUGCAUUACAUUGUGGAUCAUGUAUAUCUGGUUUUGUGUCCAGUCAACAUCCAGUGUUCACUUUGUGGGGUGAACCAUUAGAAACAUGUCGUCAGUUAUUAUCAAAGCAUCAAUUGAAUCAUUUAACAGCACAACAUUUUGUAUUGGCUACAGAUAAACUGAUAAGUUUAAUUCCUUCAAAUCUAUUAUUGAACUCUGCAUCACAUCUUUUGGCUGAUCCACAAACACCUGCUGCUGUUGAUAAUAAUAAUCAAUACUUAUUCACUUGGUGUACUAUUGAUCCGUCCAAUGGAAAAAUUAUAUUAUCCACUCAACUUCAACGUUCAACAUCAUUGGUGAAAAUGUCAACUGACGACCAACCACCGUUUAUUGAUCGUUUACUUCAUUUUUGUACUGUUCGUUUGAAUGCCAACACUACUGGUACCACUACUACUAAUAACAACAUAAGUAGUAAUUCAACAACUCAUGUGGAAUCAACUUCUGAAUCAAAUAAACAAGUUUAUUCUUCUUUAUUCAAUACAUAUAAUCAGCCUACAUCUAUGAUGUCUAAUAAUCCGGUCACAAACGAUAUGAUAUUAUUUCAGACUACUACUAGUAGUAGUAGUGGUGCUGUCAAUCAAAAACAAAAUCAUGCAUGUAAUCCAAUGAAUUGCAAUGAAUUGUCGACUAAUUAUUAUUAUCGUCCUAAUAACAAUUCACAUUUACCAAUCACUGGUGACAGUAAGAAUACCAAUAAUAAUAAUAAUAAUAAUAAUACUGAUCGGACAACAUCUGUUCUACCUCAUCGAUUAGUAUUUCAUACAUCAAAUUCUAUUUCAUCCAACCCCGCUGAAGAUUCUUUAUUGAAAUUAUCGGCACCGCCUCCGCCGUCGCCCACAACAAACACAACCGCAACUGGAUUAGUAGUAGUUCAACAACCUAUGGUAAAUACUAUUGAACAGAUUGAUCAUCAUCGACGUAAAAGUCAAUUGAAUGUUGUUGCAAAUCAGCCUGUCAUUAUACCGACUACUCAGUUUUCCAAUUCAAAUUUUUCGCCGCUCCAGCCACCGCCACCACCUCCACCACCACCCCAUCAACGAAUUUAUCCUUCUACUAAUAAUAGUAGUAGUAGUAAUCAUGAGAACACUAACAGGAAUACAGAAUUACCGGCUCAUUCACAUAUCACGACCAAUUGCAGUAUGACUCAGUCACCUGUUCAACUAACAACUACUGACACAGCAGUUGUUAAUGUGCAAAGCGUUAACAUUCAUGAAAUCAAAACAUAUUGUCCACCUUAUGUAUUGGAGAAUAAUUCUAAGCAGAAAUGUGAAAUUCCGUCUUCAAAUAUUAUUCAUAAAUCAUGUGAAAAAUAUCAAGAAAAUCCUAAGCCCCAAACUUUAUUGCCUCAAUGUGUUGAACAUUCUAUUAUUACAAAGAAUAAAAUCUUUAGUAACGUUAGUGAUCAUCAUACUACUGCUUCAAAUACACCACCAAAUCAAUCGUUAUUGAUGAAACCUGUUCGACCAAGUAGUUAUUGGCCAGUUGUAUUACCGAAUGAAUUAUUGUCAUCAGAUCAAUUACAAACUAAUCAUCCUAAUAACAAUAAUUCAUGUAAUAAUAAAAAGUCACCUAGACCUUUAUCAAUUGGUAUAACAAAACAUUUUGAUGAAAUACUAUCAAAUAAUUUAAAUAAACCACUUGUUGAACAACCAUUAUUAUUGUCAUCAUCAUUAUCAUCAAAAAAUAUCAAUAAUGAAGAUGGACAUCAUCAACAUCAGCAACAUCAACAACACCAUCGACCGAUAUCAUUAUCAUCAACGGAUUCAUUUUUAGCUGCUGAACGUGCAUGUGCUUAUGGUAUUAUAGAUCAAGAUGAAGAUAUUAUGCCUGUUAUCAUUAAUCAUUCUAAUAAUGCUGUCAUAAUGAAUAAGCCGAAUAGUUUCAAUGUGAAUACUCAGUCAAUUUAUGAUUGGGAUCAUGUACAACAUGUGAUGAAUCAACUUCCAACAAUUCAAACUAGCAAUAAUAAUAAUCAAAAUAUUAGUUUUGCUAAGAAUCUACAUACUUUCAAUGGCAUUGAUAACGGCGACAUCGAUGCGGACAACGAUGGCAUUGAUGCAGAUGAUGAAGAUGUCGAUGAUAUUCGUAAACAUGCUGAAAUAAAUGAUCAUGGUACAAGUCAUCAUAAUCCUUUGUAUACUGAUAAUGAAUAUGAAUCAAUGGCAGAGAGUCAAGGUAAUUUAUCCGAUGUGAUCAACUAUUCAGAAAUCACUAAAAAAUCUCAUCGGAAUUCUCGUCCAGGUCUAUUUGCCAUAUCAUCAUCACAAAUAGAUCCUCGUGAUAGAUUUGUUUAUCAAUCGUCAAUCAUACAACACUCGCCGUUAGGUGUUAAUCAACCAAUGGAGAAUCAUAAUGGUGACAUUGACGUUUCAAAGAAAUCAGUUAAAGAUUCAAAAACAUUGUCAGUAAUCAAUCCUCCUUCAUCAUCUAAUAUUAUACAGAAGUUUGUAGAAGCUAAUGGGCAUUCUAUUCACACAAAUAAUCAUAAUAAUAAUAUACAUUUUCAUGGUGUCAGUCAACCAAUACAAAAAAAUUUAUUCGAUUUUCCCGAUUAUCAACGUCCAUCAAGUCCUGGACCUGUGAAACAACAAGCAAUUCACGUUACGGAUAAUGAAAAAACUGACUAUACGAGAAAACCACCGCCACAACAACAAAUCAUGUCAACAGCUAAUAGAAGUAGUAUCAAUCAUCAGCAUCAUCAUUCAUCUUCACCUCGAUCAACAUCUUCAUCUACAACAGGUCAUCAUAGUUCAUCAAUCAGCGAUCGACAGCGUCAUUUGUAUGAUAAUCAUAAUGAUGACAAUAGAAUGACAAUGAUGAGACAGAACAAGAUGAUGACGACGAAUAAAACCAUUGUGAAUAAUUCACAACAAUCUCCACAAUCAUUUCAAUCGAAUUCACAGUCAGAUCAAUCUCAACGAAAUCAUUUAAUUGGGAAUAAAGCAACACCGACAACAACACCAACGCCAACAUCACAUUGUAUCGAUCAAAUUAUCAUACCGAAUAUAUCCGAGACAAGAAUGACACAACCUAUGGAACGUUAUGAUAUUCCAUAUAUAUCACAUGAACAUUUAAAAUUGAAUUCUUCUUCUUGCAUAGAACAAUCCGAAUGUCAAGAUGCUGAAUAUAUUGGCACUGCAUCACUUGAACCAUUAAGUAUGGCUGUUUUAACUUCAAUGACAGAAGAUGGUCUUACAAGUUGUGACGCUGAAGAGCUUACAGAAGACGAUGAUGCAAAUGAUUGCCUUGAUUCUAUGAUUGAUAGUAAUGUUUGCUUGCAACAUCAAGAUAUUGUUGACAAUCUACAACAUUUAAAUGAUCAUUCUGCUAAUUGGUUCGCUUUAUGUAAAGGUGGUUGUGGUGGUGGUGAUCAUCUAGCGAAUGGAAACAAUAAGCAUAAUGGUGUUACACUUAGUGCUUCUACUGAUGAUGUUGAAAGUCUUACUCAUCAUCAUCAUCCUCAUCAAAUGACUGACAGUUUACUAGCUAAUCCAGAUUUAGAUGCAAGAGAUUCGGAAUUAGGCGAAGAUAUUGAUUAUACAACUCUAGGACAAAUGGAAUCUAUGCAUUCCGCCCACCACCAAAUGAAUAAUCACGAUAACUUAUCAUCAUCAUCAUCAGCAGCAGUUUAUCAUAAAACAAAAUCAAAUCAUCCAAUAAAUAUGAAUUAUCUAAUUCUAUCAAAUAAUAAAACUUCUUAUAACAACACUAAACCCAUUGAAAAUACUAAUAAUAAUAACAUCAUUCAUAAUGAUAAUACACAUAUGUUAUUAGAAGCAGCUUUAUUGUCAACAUCUACAACACCUUUAUCACAAUUUGAUACUUCCAUAGGUGAAAGCCAUUCAUUCAUUCGUGAUAGUAUGAUUAACAAUAAACCAUUGAUUGAUAAUUCAUCAACUAAUAUUGAUUUCGGUGAUAUAACCAGUGAUGAAUUGUAUAUUUAUCAUCGACGUAUUGGACAAGAAGGAGUUGAUUAUCGGACUCAUGAUAAUACUGACGAACCAUCUUAUUUGUCUAAUAUUCAUCAAUCCAAAAAAAUACAAUUUACUCAAAAUACUGAAGUAAACAAUCGUUCUAAAUGGAAUAAUUCUUCUAAUGAACCAAGCACUUCAAAAUCACCAUCAUCAUCAUCACAUCCAAUAAAAAAUAUUACACGUCCAUCAUUACCAGAAAUAGCACCAGUUAGUUUACCUGAUUUCUCAUCACAUUCUCAUCGUUUACAAGCAUCAUUUAAUAAACUGCCAUGGUAUUCAACAUCAUCUGAGAGUAGAGAUCAUCAAGCCAGCAGUAAUCAUCCGGUUCGUUUACCGUCAACGGAAACAUCAUCAUCGAUCAAUAAUACCAGUAAAAAACAACACCAACACCACCACCAACAACAAUUAAUCAAUCGAAUGGAUUUCAUCUCAGAUUAUGAUAAUCUUUAUCCGAAUUCUUCAUUUCAAUCAACAAACAAUCAAUAUUACUAUGAUUGUAAUCAUCUUCAAGCUUCAAAUAGAAUUAACAAUAAUAAUAAUAAUAAUAAUAACAGCCAUAAACAUACUGGUUCUUCAUUGAGAACUACAACAACAUCUAAAGUAAUCGCUACUACUACUACUACUACAACUGCUACUAGUAGCAAUAAUUCUUGUCAUACAGCAACAGUAAUGAUAGAUCGUCCAGCUUUAAGAAAAUUAACUAAAAUUAAUCAACCUCGUACAAAUUGGCCAUUGAUAAUUACACCUGGUGAAGAGAGUGAUGCAAUGAGCGGAUAUAUUGGUGAUGCGGCUUCAUCAGUUUACGAUACAGAUGAUGACGAUGAAGACGAUGGCGGAAAUGAUGAUGACGAUGAUGAUGAUGAUGAUGGCGGUGUUGUUAGAAAACACAAAAUGACGAAUCCUAAUCAAGUUGAAACCAAUCGUAACAAUCAAGAUCUUGGCGUAAUAAGUCAUGCACAAUUAACUAUACCAAAUUCAGUGGAUCAAAAUUUGCAUUUAUCUCACAAUACUACUACCACCAAUACUACUAAUAACGUUAGACAAUAUCAACGUAUGAAUAAUAAUUAUGCUAAUCUAUUUCAACUUGACAAAUGUAAUCGUUCAAAUUACACGAAUAAUAAUAAAUUAGCUUUGAAUUCAAUACAUCAUCACCCUACAACAACUAACAUUGGUUCACUUUCAUAUUCAUCAACUGUAAACAAUAAUUGUACUAGUAUUCCUUCAGGAAAUGAUAUUAGUAAUAAUAUGUCUCCUGUAGUUCAUAUGAAAAAUGCAUCAGUGAAUAAAAUUGAUCCUAUAAAUGAUAAUAGUAAAAAUGAUAAAUCUAUUCAUCAAAUGAAUCUCAGCAAUUUAUCUGAUACUCAAUCGACAAUUGUUACAAAUAGCAAUCAGCAGCAUGACCAAUUGAUCAUUGCUGAUCAACAAUCUGGUGCUGUUGUACACUUACAUCGAACUAUUAGUAUUGCUGAUAGUCAUACAAGCGGUGGACGAUCCGAAUAUGAUAAUGUAGACAAGUCAGGCUCUCAAACUGAAAACAAUUCCUUAUUACGUUCAUCUAUUGAUUAUUGUCAUCAAUUGGAUUUAACAAAUUAUGCAUUAAACCAAAAUGUGCCAACUACUACUAAUGAGCAUAUAUUAUCAUCAUCAUCAUCAUCAUCACCACGAAUAUCAACAACAACAACAACAGCAAUGUCGAAACUAAAUGCAUCCUUGUCAUCCACUCGGCCAAUCAAAUCUCAUUCUAACAGAAAUGAUCACAUCAACAACACCAACAACAACAACAACAACAGCAGUGAUAGUAGACACACUGCGAAAUCAUCUCGAACUCCGCAAUCACUGCAUACAUUCACUGAACAACAGCAACAACAAAGCCACAGUUUGUUUGAUGCACAAAUUGCAGCUGAAGCUAGACGAAUUACUAGACAACUACGUGUUAUGGGUUGGAUGCCUGUUAAUAGAGAACAAUUUCAAAUUGACACUGUCACUAGUGAACAUUCAGACAAUGGUAGUAUUCAAUGUGAACAACAGUCGAUAAGCUCUAAUCGCUUGAAUAAUACAAGUGAUGCAAAUAUAUUACCAACUUCUGGUCUGCAUAGACCUCAUUUAUUUUUAUUACCGGGAAGCUCUCAUGUUAGUCGAUCAUGUUCGCGUCAACUAUCUUUACGAACUGGUAGAUCACGCCGUCAUACGGCUACUGGUGGUGGUAGCAGCUUUGGAAGCGGUCUUGCCAGUGAAACAGUAACUACUGUCACUUCACAACUAGAUGACGAUGAUGAUAAUGAGCGAGCACUGGAUAUGAACAAUGGAGAAUACGAUAUUGACUCUGAUAUCAUUAAUAAUAAUAACAAUACGAAUAAUGAACGAAAUCAAUUUUUCACUGGAUCGGAAUUUAAUGGUGAUGAAGACAUUGUAAAUGAUGGAAUCCCUUGGGAAUAUGAUGUUGAAAAAUGGACUUAUCAAAAUUUUGGCCAGCCACAAUUGGGUUGUUUACUUGUUCGACCACGAUCAUUUAGUACAGCAUGUUUGAACAUUAUGUCAGCUAUUAAUAAUACAAAUUGUGACCUGCCCCAGAAUGACGAUGAUAAUGACGAACAUAAUAGUAAAGAUACAAAGAUGCAGAAUCAUCAAUGUUGGAAUUUCGAUAAUAACGUUGAUGAAUAUGAAUCGGGACGUGAUUUAAUGAAAAUUUCUAAGGCUGAAAAUUCUAUCCAACAAAUCAAUGAACAUACUAGUCCACGUUUAAAACGUUUACAAAAACGUACUGACCUUGUACGUAAAUUGCUACCGCCUAAUUUGCAUCAAUUUAUUCUACCUAGUUGUAUUAGUUCAUUAAGUCGUUCAGCAUCAUCAAUGUGUACAUCGAGUCAUUAUUAUUAUUAUACAACAACAACAACAACUAAAUCAACAGAUAUGAUAUUUUUGUCAUUAUCACAUAGAACACCGUAUUGUCUACGUCGUCAGCGUCAACAUCGUCAUCAACAUCAUCAACGUCAUCAGCAACAACAGCAACCACAUGAACAAAUUGAUUAUAUCAGUGAUGAUGAUGAUAAGGAUAAUGAUGGGCAUGAUGUUGGCCAUAUAGCUACUACUAUGCAUAAACUAUUGAAUUCAAUUCAACACUAUAAUAAAUAUCCACAAUACCAACAAUAUUUCACGAAAUUUUCAAUAGACAAUCGUAAAUGGGCAAGUGAUCCAGAAUUACAAUUGACAUCAAUCUACCUAUGAUGGAUGAUAUGAUACACUUACACUUACACACACACACACACACACACACAA